AAUUAAAAUAUGCCAAGAACUUCUGAAUAUAAAAAGUUUCACAUAGAGCCUUUGCCUUCUUCCCCUUUCACAGAUCAAAGAUCUAAUCAACGCUAAGCAUAACUUACGAGUCAUUGAUGGAAGUUCCAACAACUAUGAGGUUUAGUGGUCACGUGGUGGCCAUGCCUUACCCAGGUCGAGGGCACGUGACCCCCAUGUUGAGGCUCUGCAAACUAAUUGCAGCUUCUUCAACAUCACAAGGUCAUGAUGAUGGUGCUCUUCUUAUCACCAUCGUUGUUACCCAAGAGUGGCUCGGCUACAUCGGCUCCGAGCCUAAGCCGGAUAACAUUCGCUUCGCCACCAUCCCAAACGUCGUCCCCCACCGCACUCAGAUAGCCGCCGACUUCCCUGCCUUCUUCCAAGCCGCCAUAACCAAUAUCGAAGCUCCCUUUGACAACCUCCUUGAUCAGCUUCAGCCUCCCGUCACCGCCAUCAUCGGCGACGUCGAGUUGCAGUUCCCGGUCGCCGUUGCACGCCGGAGAAAUAUUCCGGUGGCGCUGCUUUGGACUAUGUCAGCUUCCUUUUACUACAUGUUACAUCAACUGGAAAGCUUAGCCCGUAACCGGGGUUUCAAGGUUCAUCUUCUAGAUGAUGAUGAAGAGCAUAUACCAGGAAUUUCUUCAGCUCAAUUAUCUGAUCUAAGAACUGUGCUUCAUGAAAAUGACAUGAGGUUUUUGCAACCUGAGAUGAAAUGUAUUUCAACUGUGCCCAAAGCAGAUUGUCUUAUAUUGAGUACAAUCCAAGAACUGGAAGUUGAAGCAAUUUAUUCCUUGAAAAAUGUGUUACCUUUCCCAAUCUAUCCCAUUUCCUUUCCUUACUUCAAACCUGAAACUGGUCAUUCAGAAGUCAACAAUGAUGACAACCUUGACUACUUAAAUUGGCUAGAUUCUCAGCCAGCCCGGUCAGUAUUGUACAUUUCUUUUGGCAGUUUCCUUUCUGUGUCAAGUGCCCAAAUGAAUGAAAUUGUUUCAGCUUUAAACACAAGUGGUGUUGGUUACUUUUGGGUGGCUCGUGGAGAAGCUUCUUGGUUGAAAGAGAAAUGUGGGGAUAGGGGUUUAGUGGUGCCUUGGUGUGACCAAUUGAAGGUUUUGUCCCAUCCUUCUGUAGGUGGGUUUUGGAGUCAUUGUGGGUGGAAUUCCACUACGGAAGCUGUUUUUGCUGGUAUUCCAAUGCUGACAUUCCCUCUUUUCUUUGACCAAGUCCCAAAUAGGAGGAAAAUUUUGGAGGAAUGGAAGAAUGGGUGGGAGUUAAAAAGAUCAAAGUUGGGAAGUGAAGAAUUGAUUACACAAGCAGAAAUAUUGGAAGUGGUUAGUAAGUUUAUGGAUCUUGGAAGUGGGAAUGGUAAAGAAAUCAGAGACAGGGCACUAGAACUCAAGGGCAUAUGUGACCGAGCAGUUGCAGAAGGUGGAUCCUCCAAUAUGAACCUCAAUGCAUUUAUACAAGACUUUUUAUGUUUUCCAAGGUCAUUGAGUGGCGGAGGAGAUCUUGUUCCUUAGUGUGACAGGUAUAAAAUAGACAAAUAAAAGAUGUUAUGUGUGCAUUUACUUAGUGAGCUUAAAAUAGGCAGAUAAACACUAUAAAGGUGAAAGUUUGUAAACAAAAGUAUUUUGCUCUUAUUUGAUUGUU